AAACGAAAACACGAAUCUCUGUCAUUGUAAACUUCUCACUUACAUACGUGAUCUAUCUGCAUUUGCGAAUCCCCUCCAAGUGCAUGCGCAGUUGCUAAGCCCGGGACGUGAACAAGUGGCCAUAGAGUUCGACUCGGCACCUCUUUACCUGUUAUUUCGUUUGCAGAUCGUAUACACAAAGCUUGAGUCUCACGCUCAGAAGACAGCUCUUCCUGUUAGUUCGCUCACAAUGGCGAGUGCUGCAGGUGUUCCGGAGCGAUUCCCUCCAAUCGAGGAUUUGUCAGCCAGAGAAACUGAGCCUCUCCUUGGUCGACCUGGCGAUGCUGCGCAAGAAGAUGGCGUCCCCUUGAUCAAGAACCUCGUUCUCGGUACUGGGAUAGUAGCUCAGCUAGGCGUGGUCCUGCUCACUAUUCUGAUCUGGGCAAGCGUCCUCUCUAAGCCUUUGAUCCUCUUCUCAGCUCACCCACUCCUUCAAUCUCUCGCGGUUCUCACCCUGGCUCAGUCUGUUCUAAGUCUGCAGCCGACUCAUACGGCAGAGCAGAAGCGCGUCGGCCAGCGCGUACAUGCCAGUCUCAACCUCGUGGCCUUCUUGAUCCUUGUUGCUGGCGUGACCAUCAUCGAGUAUAACAAGAUUGCAAACAACGGUCCUCACUUUCACUCUGUCCAUGGAUAUCUCGGUGUCAUCACUUCUAUCGUUCUUCUCCUCCAGUACGGUGUUGGUUUCACCAUGUGGGCUACCCCAGCCCUGUAUGGCGGCGUGGAUAAUGCCAAGGCUGUCUGGAAGUAUCAUCGCUGGAGUGGAUAUAUCAUCUUUGUUCUGCUCUUGACUACCGUCGUUAGUGCCGUCGAGACAGAUUACAACCAUAAUGUACUUAAGAUCAAGCUGUGGGCCGUGCUCUUGCUGGCUAUUGUCACUUUGGUGGGUGUUGUGCCUCGGAUUCAGAAGCAAAAGCUCGGCUUCCCAGGUCCUGGCUCGACUUGAUCAUCCUUGGUCUAUAUCGCUUGACCACUGCUGGAAACCCAAUUGCAUGGAAUCUGUAGGUCAUACUCCCAUGUUCGAUGAGUUCGCAUACAACCUUAGAACACGGCGUCUGGUGUAUGUUCUCAGUGUUUGGAACCGUCCUGAAAGCUUUUGUACGGCGCCUCUGGCACAAUUAUGUGAAGAAUUUGCUGGGAGAAGUCGCGCCUCUCGCUGCUAUCAGCGAGUGAGAUCUCAUCACGUUUAAUACUAGUUCUCUUUUUCCGCUUUUUUUUAAUUAGGCAUCGACGCUUAACUAAUACAAUCUGAUCAAUUUACCAG